UGUACGAUUCACGAGCGAGGAUAUGGAUCGCGCGGCCGGCAUGCCGCCGCCCGUCUCCCCGCUCCUCUCUUCCCCAUCGCCGCCCCUCCACCUUCACCGCCGUCCCCGGCCUCUAGCGCCUCGGUCACCGCGGUUGCCGCUCCGUCGCCUCUGGCGCGACGGCGGCGGCGACGGGUGCCAGCCGUCGAGGCUCCGGCAUGUCCGGCCGCCGCGCGCCGUUCCCAUCAUCGCGCCCGGCGACCAGUGGGGCAACUGGGCGUUCCUCCUCUCCGCCGCGGCCUUCGGCACCUGGGCGGAGGAGCGGACGGCGUGGGGCGCGGCGCUGAGCGGGGCGCUGGUGAGCAUCCUCGCGGGGCUGGCGGCGUCGUCGGCGGGGCUGGUGGCGCCCGGCGCGCCCGCGCAGGCCGUCGUCAUGGAGUACCUGCUCCCCGUCGCCGUGCCGCUCCUGCUCCUCGGCGCCGACCUCCGCCGCGUCGUCCGCGCCACCGGCGACCUCCUCAAGGCCUUCCUCAUCGGAUCAGUUGCAACGGUGAUCGGCACGACGGUGGCUUACUUGCUGUUCCCGAUGAGGUCUCUCGGCCAGGAUGGCUGGAAGAUCGCCGCCGCUCUCAUGGGGAGCUACAUUGGCGGAGCGGUGAAUUUCGUUGCGAUUUCGGAGGCGCUGGGCACGACGCCGUCGGUGGUGGCGGCCGGCGUGGCGGCGGACAACCUCAUCUCGGCGCUCUACUUCACGGCUCUCUUCGCGCUGGCGUCCAAGAUACCGCCGGAGCCGAAAAGCGCCUCGUCCCCGGAGGACGGCGGCGAGGGCGAGCCCCGGGGCAGCAUGUCCGUGCUGCACGGCGGCGCGGCGCUGGCGCUGUCGUUCACUAUCUGCAGGGCCGGGACGGGGAUAGCGGCGGGGCUGGGCGUCGGGAUCGGCGGCACGCUGCCGUGCGUGACGGCGCUGGUGGUGGCCCUGGCGACGGCGUUCCCGGGAGUGCUCGGCCGGCUGGCGCCGUCGGGCGAGACCAUGGCGCUGAUCCUGAUGCAGGUGUUCUUCACGGUGGUGGGCGCGAACGGCAGCGUGGUGGACGCGGUGACCAAGGCGCCCGCCGUGUUCGCGUUCGCGGCUGUGCAGGUGGCCGUGCACCUCGCCGUGGUGCUCGGGGUCGGGAGGCUGGCGGGGCUCGACAGGAAGCAGCUGCUCAUCGCGUCCAACGCCAACGUCGGCGGGCCGACCACGGCCGCCGCCAUGGCCACGGCGAAAGGGUGGAGCUCACUCGUCGUGCCCGGCAUCCUCGUCGGCAUCUUUGGGAUCUCCAUCGCCACGUUCUUCGGCAUCGGCUUCGGCAUGUUCGUGCUUCGGAGAAUUUCCGGCUUCUAGUCAGUGGCUUUUUGAGGCAAUUUUCUCCUGCUAGAUAGAGCUCAUAUGGAGUGCUUUUUUAACUCUUCUGUUUUUCGGUGGUGAGUCAAAUUUUGUUUCACUUGUCAUAUGCUUACUUAUUUGUCUAGGAUGAUGUUUAGUGUGGUCACAUUGUAUUGCAGUAUGGUUAUACUUAUAUCUUGUGGA